AUGACGGUUUGUGGCUGCAAUCAUGCAGAGACUUUAAGUCGGAUUCGUACCGAAAUUCAUCUGGUGGAGGUGCAGUUGCGCCGCAGCCGUGAGGCGCGAAGAAAAUACGGCAUUGGUUAUGAAAGCAACACCACAGGCUGCGCUAAUGAGACAUUGCGAGCAUCUUCAGUUGACAUGGGGCCGAAGCGGGAAGUUUUGUUACUGAGUUUGCCCAGCACACCGUGCGAUGAAAAGUUGACCUCGUGCACGGAGGCGGCGCAUUCACCGCUGGCGAGGGCACCAGCGGCUGCACGCAAGGAGGGGACAAUUCUCCAUCUUGAGAAGGGGUCCUUUGGUCGCGAGAAGUUCGUUUUGCGGUUUUUGUUGGUGGAUGAGCACGAGGGGGUCAUGUGGUACAAAAGCGAGCAACACUGCCGCUCCAAUGCGUCAAGGCCGCUGGGCCACGUUCCGUUCUGGAAGGAGACACGAGACUCCCGCGGUAGUCGAUUUAAAAGGGCGGCGGUCUGCUGGCCGCGGAUCCUGCCGGAGGACUGCCCCAAGGCGGUCGAUCCGCAGAAAAAGUAUUUCGCAAUUGAGUACCGGAAAGAAAAAGAUGCGUGCAGCAAACUGAUUUUUGCCGCCGGGAGUGACGAGGAGCGCAAUGACUGGGUGCAUUUUAUCACACAAUUUAUUGACGUGUUCUUGGCACCGCGUGCGGGGUCGGAGAACCUCCAGCACACCCCACGCGCUCCAACACCCCCGCGGAACUGUUCGAGGUUUGAUGACGGAGAGGCGCCUGACGGCAACGUUUCGUAG